CACAGAGUCUUCAAGGAAACUUGAUGACUGUCUUACUGCAGUUUGGAUGAAGUUCUGUGGUUUGAAAUCACGCCAGUCCGCAUUACUCCAAUCUGAAUGUUUUAUUGAUGAAAACCACUCAGCCUGGGAGGAUUGUCUGACCAACUGAAGAAACCAUGGGACAGUCACAAAGUGAUGGGGAAACAGGGGUGCAUUUGGGGCAGAUACAGCGACUGUACAAGAAAUUUGUCAGUGAAUGUCCCAGUGGAAAUCUGCAUUUGCAUGAAUUUAGAAAGAUAUUUGGAAUCAGUGCUCAGUCACUGACGGAAGAAUCUGCAUAUAUGGACAGCGUAUUCCAUUCUUUUGACACAAAUGAGGAUGACACAGUAGACUUUGUGGAGUAUGUGGCAGCGGUGCACCUUGUUCUUCGCGGAAAGCUUGAGGAUAAGCUAAAAUGGUCUUUCAAGGUCUAUGACAGGGAUGGGGAUGGACAGCUGGAGAAACAUGAAGUGAGACACCUAAUUAAGACAAUUUAUGCAAUCAGGAAGCACAGUGGUCAAACGAAAAGUGAUGACCUCUCACCAGACCAAAUAUGCAACCGAAUUUUUGAGCUUGUCGACAAAAACAAAGAUGGUCAUAUUUCAUUGGAUGAAUUCAUGGAGGGAGCCCAGAAGGACGAGUGGGUUAUGAAUCACCUGAAGCUGGAUGUCCAGCCCACCGGAUGGUUUAUUGAACAACACAGUAAGAUCUUUUGACUGCAAAAAAAAAAAAAUCCCCAGCUUUCAGUUUCUUGGGUAUACUUUGGCAAGGUGAUUUGUUUUGAUGGCUUCCUGAAGAAAUGAGCAAUGGUAAACCAGCACAGGGAUGCUAGGAUGAACAAGACACAGCCUCCCAAGGAGGUCAGCCGUGGUCCUUUGGCGGGAAUUACUCAAGGCUUUACCAGGUGUGCUGGUUCCUAUGGAUUUUGUCCCUGUUCAAAUCUUUACCAGCUUUCCAGGGUGGAUAAUUUGAGUUAAAUGAAUGCGGGUGACCAUGAAUUAGGCACCUAUCAUGUUGCUAUUUAUGGAGUCCCAUAAUCCUUUGCUUAGCAACAGUGCACCUGCCUCUUCUGUCAUCAGCCAGCUUUUUUCACAAAUUGACUUAUACUCCUGAGCAGCAGCCCUCAGGACAGUGAGUCAACUGGAUUUGCCAUCACCUACAUACAGUAGACUCUCAGAGUAACAGACUGGCUGAUUAAUUGACUCUGGUAUGACAUGGACAUAACAGGCACUAUCAUGUCUUGUCAAGCUCACUUUACGAUAAAAGCAAGCAAAAAAUCAAAAGACAAACAUGACACCAAUAGCAGUUGUACGGUCUACAGAUGCCAUUUUCGAUCAACAGGUAAAACUGACGUCAUGAUGGUGACUGGGUGCAAUUUGUCCCUUUCUGUACUAUAAAUGUGCAUUCCUAUCUCUGUUUGCUUUCUCUUUGAUGGCCUCCUCUUGUCUGAUUGCCAGGGGCCUGGAGGCCUCUAAAAGGACAAUUAGGCCUAAACCGCAUCAGGGAAAGAAAGAGUGAAGGCCUACAGAUAUAAAGGAACACAUGGGGAGACACAAUGUCUCUCUUGGGUUAUAGCCACGGCCAGUGGUUUAGAACUCCAAGUAAACAUGUUGUACUGCAAGUUAGCUAAAGGAACUGCAUCCACAUAGUAUCAGUUUAUUUACUAACUUUGAAUGUUGCUAUCGUUCUGCAACAUACUGUAGCACCAAAUAAACGUGCAUAGCUCUACCUUCCUGCAAUAGCGAGCCAGCACAGCUUCCAGCUCCAGCAACAAUGAAAGGUCAGAAUAAUCUACAAGGAAAGCUUCUACAAAUAGUACAAUGCAGAUCCAGAGACGCUGCCCAAGGCAGAGUUUCCUUGUACCAACAACCACACAACCGGACUGUCAGACUCAUCUACGUUCUAGCAGUAAGACUGACAAACAUCCAGGCCUUAGCUUAGAAAACUUCUGUUUCUACUGUAUUUUCCAUGAAGUAUGUUACCUGUCGUAAUAAUGCUGUUUUUACAUCGCUUGUUAGUUAGCUACAGCCUAGCCCCACAUAACUAACAUACUAUAUUACUAACUAUAACUAUAUACCUAUUACUAACAUUAGCUUACAAUUUGCCUUACUUUUAACUAAGAUCGCUCCAUGCCAUCUCUCUUGCACUAAUAUCUACUUACUUGACAUAAGGUCUUGUAUAUUUAGAAUGCAAAGGUGCGCUGAGAUUAGCUAGGCGUAGCUAAUUUCCAUAGCCUUUUGUACCGGCCAUAACCCCAGUAGCCACCUCUAGCCGCAUUAGCCUCACAUUAGCCUCAUGCUUCAGAGGAGCUUUUGUUCUCUCCUGCAUCACGUGUGCUCAUGAACUAGACACACACAUGCAACACUCUUGUUUCCUUUUGCAAAUCCUCUCUUACUUAGCCUUUAAUAAUUUCAGGG